AUUUUCCUCCAUCGCACAUCACGUGGCCCACGCUGGCCACGGGGACAAUCCGCUUGACGGCUCCCUCUCCUCACCGCGUGGUUCUGGGCUCCAGCUCGCUGCAGGGUGACCUUCUCUGAACCCCCGACAGGCGCCUCUGUAACGCUGCCCAUUUACGUCCAGGUGCCGGGGACGAGGGCCGGGACACACGAGCACGUCGAGAAAUGCCGAUUCAGCCACUUCAGCAGCUUGAGGAAUUCUGGACGGGCUGAGUGGGAGGGGGGGGUACAGACCGGGGGCAGAGUCUACUUUCACUGCGGGACAAUCCAAACAUACCGUACACUCUGUGUGUCAGAGAGAGAGACUGCUCCCCGCACAAAGCAUCCCUCUAUUUAACGACCAGGUCAACACGACCGCAAACACUCGUACCCCAGCAGGAGGGCAGAAACGCACCUGGCGAAGGAGCACGGACGGGUUCCAAAAUAAAGCGUAUGCGGACGUUGUUACAAACACUCGCUUCACGCAUUCAGACUCACAACAGAUGAGUCCCGGCUGAAAAUAUCCGACUGGACACAUAUGAUUGAUGGACCGAGUCCAACUCCAUUAAAGUUUCAACGACAUCAGAGGAGUGAGAGAUUAAGACGAAUGAGGAAGGACAUCCCAGGAUGGGUGGGUGGUGGGGGGGGUGUCGCUCACCUUAUGGGUACAAAGGGUACGCGUUUCACGUAUCGUGUGCAGCACGCCACUCGAACGAACGCAAAACGCAGUAUUUCACAGUACAUAUCAUUAUACCUGUGCUAAAGCAUCUAACUUGCACCGGCAUCACGUGUUUGAACUUUUGAGGAACAAUUUCAGGGUUUGUCUUUCUUCUGUGGACCAUUAAAGCAAAAACAUACAUGUACAGUACGCAUACAUACGGCCUCGUACCAGGCGACCUUACGGACGUCUGCUCAAUCGUACGGAAUCACAUACCAAGUUGACAAAGAGCUCGCAAGCAAAACUCAACAUUUCGAGUGCCGUUCUGACGCACCCGAGUUCCUCACGUUUCGUUACUAAACCACGUUGGGAUUUUAUUCUCCGAUUUCACAGUCAACGUUCACUUUGGUAAAACCGUACACGCGGUCACUGCUGCGCCGCACGUGCAGCACAGACGCAACAUCGUUGCGCACCUUCGCUCCGAGCGCGCACUUUUCACCAGAAGAGAAACAAUGUGCGGCUUGUCCCUCGUACGUCACCGGACUUAUUCGUAACGAUUUCGGCAGCGGACAAGGCAGCUUUCUGAAAGGGUCCUUUCCGUAAUCCGCAGCUCUGGCAAAUAUUCACGUUCCCACGAGCCGAAAGAACAACUUUCCCUGCCAAACGUGGUACUCAUUAACUCGAGGAAACGGUCCUUCCACGUCCGCACAGCGAUGCUGCAACAGUGUAAGGUAGAGAAGAGACGCUCGCUUCGCGCCGUUUGUCUUUACAGUGACAGGGCUGCCAUUAAUAUCACUGCGUGUUAAUAAUUCAUAUUUAGCCGACGCCGUUGUCCAGAGUGGAUUUCAGUGUCAGACACAUAUGCACCCAUCCACAAAACAGAACAAUGCAACACAAACACACACACUUCCACUUUCACACACAAAGGGCAAGCCUGAAGUCACCAGUUCAGCUGGAGCACAUCCUUGGAUUGCGGGAGGAAACAGGAGCACCUGGCGGAAACCCACGUGAACGCAAAGAGAAGGGAUAAACUCCACACACGUUGAGCCGGGUUCCAGUCCGCGUCGAAAUCCGCAGCCCGAGAACCGCGAGGCACCUGUGCUACCCGCUGCACCGCUGUGCCGUCCAUCAUCCGGAGAGCUCCCGGCUGGUUCUAUAAGGACGGGAGCAGUCAAAGCGAGAGAUGGAGGGGAGAAGGACUUGAUGGAUGACAACAAGGACUUGAGUCAGCAACACAGGCAGCAAGGCCAAGGCUCUGCGGUUAACGCACUGCACCUCAAAUCACAACUUACUGUCCGACGAGCCCACCUUUCUAAGCAGGAUGCAAAGUAGCGAAUGUUGACAGUAACCAUCAGUGUUCAUUUCAUCCUUUUCCAAAUCACACCUCGUUUGGUUGUUCCACAAGGAGUCCAAGCUGAACACCUUCUGCUCCACUGCGGAAACACUCAUUCAAACACAUCCUGUGUGUCUCUUACACACUCACACAGAUUUUUUUUUUUUUUUUAAUCCCUUUUUCGCAUCUUCUGAGCCCUGUUUUCGUCCCCAGCUGCGCACCUCAGCAACAACAACAGGGCCGUUUUCUGUCAAUUAGCGGCCUGCUGCUGUGUGUCCGACCAAGGGGACGAGAGGACUCCACGCCAGGUCUCCAUCGGGACCGACAAACUGGGCUAAAACGCGGCCGCGCGCUUGUUUCAAAUAAUAAUAAUAAUAAUUAUUCUAAUAAUAACAACAAGAACGACGAGCAACUAUUAUUAAAUAAAAGAGAACAGAACAUGUCAUGUUCGCCGGGCUCAGUCUGUGACCGAGGCGCUACUCGUUCGUUCGUUAAGUGGCGCCUCGGUCGGUCGAUGACACAGCAAAGUAGGGAAAAAAAGAGCGAGAAAACCGGACAAUCGGCGGUCGUGCAGAGAGAUCAGGGUAAAGAGUGUAAACGUGAACACUGGCGGUGAGAGUAAACACUCGUGUGACACUAGACAGUCAGUGUAACACAGACAGAGAGUGUAAACACGCCAUGAUAAAAUUGUAGCAGCAACGGCGCGUCAGGCGUCGAAACGCGAACAUCGACAUCAUCAGUCGCUCGAGCCGCGUCGCGCUCUUGACUUCACGGUGAAAUUUACUCUCAUUACACUCACUGGUGAGAAGAACAAAAGGGUAGCGGCGGCAGCAGCUCUUCCGGCCCAGUCCGUGCUGUCGCUCCCCGGUGGAUGUGAGCCAGCCGUCGCACCUCCGCGUCCCCGCCGCCGCGGACCGGACAGCGCGAAGAAGAGACGGCGGAGAAGAAGCUCGUAUUAACGCGAAAGGAAGCAUGACGGCGGACGAGCAUCCAUCCCCGGCUGACAUGAGCGCGUCCCCGUGAGCCGCGCGCGCGCGCGCGCCGCGCUGCCAGGCAUGGACACUAUCGGGGAGGCGAUCGGGGUCUCCCUGCUGAACCCGCUCGAUGACUACGAGCUCAUCCACCGAAUUGGGAGCGGCACCUACGGAGAUGUUUUUAAGGCCCGUAACAUAAAGACAUCAGUCAUUGCAGCUGUGAAAAUUGUAAAACUUGAUCCAGGCGAUGACAUCUCAUCCAUCCAGCAGGAGAUCACCAUGAUCAAAGAGUGUUCACACAAAAACAUUGUGGCAUAUUUUGGCAGCUACCUCAGAAAUAACAAGCUGUGGAUAUGUAUGGAGUACUGCGGAGGGGGCUCCCUUCAAGACAUCUACCACAUUACGGGCCCGCUGAAGGAGAGACAGAUAGCCUACGUGUGCAGGGAAACGCUCCAGGGUCUGCAUCACCUGCACGAAGCUGGAAAAAUGCACAGAGACAUCAAGGGAGCCAACAUCCUCCUGACAGAGCGGGGAGAUGUCAAACUGGCUGACUUUGGGGUAGCAGCCGAAAUUAAUGCCUCUGUGGCCAAGAGGAAGUCUUUUAUUGGAACGCCUUACUGGAUGGCGCCGGAAGUGGCCGCUGUGGAGAAGAAAGGUGGGUAUAACCAGCUGUGCGACAUCUGGUCCGUGGGCAUCACUGCAAUUGAAUUCGCCGAGCUCCAGCCACCCAUGUUCGACUUGCACCCGAUGAGGGCCUUGAUGGUGAUGUCAAAAAGCAGCUUCCAGCCUCCCAAACUGAAAGACAAGGCCAAGUGGUCGGCAGACUUCCACAGCUUCAUUAAAACAUCCCUCACGAAAAACCCUCGUAAGAGACCCACGGCAGAGAAGCUCCUGCAGCACCCGUUCAUGACGCAGCUGCUGACUCGCACCCUGGUCAUUGAGCUCCUGGACAUGGCCAGCAACCCAGACCUCAACUCUACGCACACUUUGGACGAGAGUGACCUAGAGACAUGCGAUGCCUUCCCCGACAAAAUACAAUCCUUAAGUAAGCAUCUGGUGGUACAGAGGACUCUCUCCGAAGAGCAGUUUGAGCAGGUCAAGUUUGGGCCCCCCAUGAGGAAAGAGACGGAGCCGUACCCCGAGCUGGGUUGUUAUGACGAUUGGAGCAUCGCGGGAGAUGAAAAGAACUCCCCGAGCCUCCUGGAAUGUGUAGAGGAGGCGCUGCUGGAGAGGAGUCUAACUAUAAAGAGAGUGCCUUCUGCUGAGCAAUGUCCCGCAGAGGAGGAGGAUAAAUGUGCGACAGUUCGGAGGUGUGGUGCGGUAACUCCUUCGGAGUCCAGCUCCUCUCUCCUGGCUUCCCUAAACUCCCUGUGCCCCAGCCUGGAGGACAUGGACCUCAGCUUCAGUCCAAACUCCACCCUUUGUCUGAACACCGCCCCCCUCUCCAGCCCCACCACAGCAGGGGGCGCAAAGUGUGAGGAGCAGAGGCCCAGGAGGAGUCCUUCCCCUACCCCGCGGGCCCUUUCUCCGGAGUGGAGCACACUAAGAAGGAAGACGGAAGAAUCUCGAGCUGAGUGCCACGGGCUGCCGCCAACUCCUCAGGUGCACAUGGGAGCCUGUUUCUCCAAAGUGUUCAAUGGCUGCCCCCUCAGAAUGCACUGCGCCGUCACCUGGGUUCUACCAAAGACCAGGGAUCAGUAUCUCAUUUUGGGUGCAGAUGAGGGGGUCUACACCCUCAAUCUCAACGAGCUGCAUGAGGACACCAUGGAGAAGUUGCUUCCACAGAGGUGCACUUGGCUGUAUGUGAUGAACAACGUGUUGAUGUCUGUCUCAGGGAAGUCCUCGCAGCUGUACUCCCACAACCUGACGGCGCUGUUCGAGAACCGGGCGAACUUGCAGAAGAGGCAGGGCCACCUGGCCAUCAGCACCAAUCGCCUGUCUCAGCGGAUCAACCCAAGGAAGUUUGCCAUCUCCGCGAAGAUCCCGGACACCAAAGGCUGUCGGCGGUGCGGUGUGGCGCGCAACCCCUACACGGAUAGCACGUUCCUGUGUGGGGCGCUGCCGUCCGGACUGGUCCUGCUGCUGUGGUAUGAACCUCUGCAGAAGUUCAUGCAGCUCAAGCACUUUGCCGUGUCUCUCCCGGAGUCUCUGCCCGUCUUUGAGCUUCUGGUUCAGGAGAGCGACGAGCUCCCGCAAGUGUGCGUGGGCCUGAGGGAGUGUGUCCGGGGGGGUGGGGCCCCUCCCACGCCCUCGCCCUCGCCCGGCGGCAAGCGGCUGCAGUUUGACAUCGUGCGCUUGAGCAACGCGGGCAGCGCUCAGCCAGACAGCGUCCCUCUCGGGGCCGUGCAGGUGACGCAGCUGGACCGGGACUCUGUCCUCAUUGCGCUGGAGAAGACUGUGAAAAUUGUGGACCUGCGGGGUUGUCCAAGCCGGGAAUUCACCUCGGAGCUCACCUUUAAUUUCGCCAUCGAGACAUUAAUCUGUUUACAGGACAGCGUGCUGGCUUUUUGGAAGCAUGGACUUCAAGGAAGGAGUCUCCAUAGCAAUGAGAUUACCCAGGAGAUCACGGACGAAAGCCGUGCCUUCCGGGUCCUGGGGACAAACAGGGACAUCAUUCUGCAGAGCACACCUACGGGGAACCCUUCCGCCUCCAGUAACCUGUACAUACUGACGGGCCACGAGAGCAGCUGCUAGGAGGGAUUUGGGGGAGGGGGCACCGAUUCUCAGAGCGCACACUACUGGUCAGCCUGAACCGUCCAGUAGCGAGCAACACUGCCAAAGCAUUCAAAGAUUCAUCACUCCAAGCCAUGGACAAUUGCGGCAGGGACGUGUCCUGCUGGCAGAGAGACGGACUCGUGGCUCGCUUUCUGAUCCUUAGACAUUUGGAAGAGCGGCACUUAACGGGGGGCACGGCACUAAGCAAAGUACACGUUUACGGUCCGGGAUGGAAAAGCGCGCGGCCCGGCGAAGGGGACGUCGCCGUUGCUCAGGCUGGUCCGUGGGCGCACGUCGCGGAGGUCGCUCGAGGACCGGCGCCUUAUCUUUGUGCUGCGGUGCGGGGCUAAGACGGGGGGGGGGGGGUCUGUCUGCCAGGUGCCCGUGACCUUGGCUGCGGUGCAGGAUGGGAUGGUGAAGCUCCGUCUUUGCCGGAGGACCUUCUGACAGCAAUAGCCAGCGCUCGCGGCGCUUUGACGUCUGGACGCGAGCGGGACUCACUUGCUGGGGCGCAUCCGCUCCUCACCUGUACACCUGUGUGUCUUUCUGAGACGUGCGAGGAACCGCAAUGAAACUAUUAGGUGCUAUUGAACAAAGGUCCACCUUUUGAAAAUAACAUUAUUUUAAAUCUUGCACUUGGGCAGUUAAUUUGGGGAAAUAUCCUGUACACAAAUUCAUAAACCUGAAAAACAGCUCAAAAAUGAGAUGGUUUAUUAAUAAGGUAAAAUAUGGUUAUAAGGAGGCUGUAAGAGCACAUUGUCCUAAAUAUGUGUGACUUCUCUAAACUUACAACUUUUCACGAGCACGCUUUAGGUGAUAAUGAUUCUUUACUUUUCUACAUAAUCACUGCAUUAAAAACAAGAGCAGGUUUUAAAGCAAGGACUGUACCGGUUCAGAGGUGGGAAUAAACGAAAAAGUCCACGAGCGCUUACGAAUGGCAGAUGAGGCUUAUGAUCACCAGCCUGUCGUCUGUGCAGCUCGCAAUAAUUUUUAAUCCAAAUCCCGGGCAGGAAAUUCAUAAUUUGAUGGCAGCGGUAAUGAUAAUAAUGGUAGCUCAAUAAUGUGGACAUGAGCCAUUAAAACUCUUUGUAAUUUAUUUGAUAUUUACUGUAUGUAAAGAAAAAUGAAGAGUUAUUCUUCUCGUACAAUUGUCAUUAUAUAAUGUGGGACUGUUCAGUGUUGAUGCAAGGCUGUGAAAAAAUGAAUAUGCAUCUGAUAUAUGAGA